GCACAUUGAGUGUGUUUGGCGGGACUGGCCCUUUAAGAGCCUCGCUCCUGGUUUUUGUUACUCAGUAACACCCGUGUCGUUUCACUAUGGCGAAGGGGCUGUAAACAAAUGCGAUGGAAAAGCGCGUUCUCUGUGUGAAUAUAGAUUUGCUUUAGAGAUGAUUUGACGUUUAGUUGGAUAUGUUAACGGUACGGACGCGGAAAUGUGUGAAAGUGAUGCAGACAGCGCGCGGACCAUCCGAUUUCAGUAACAUGGACCAGAUCAGACCUUCACCACUAAACCUCUUCCAAAUACACCAUAACUGUUAGUCCGGAUCCGUUUUAGGUUGAAAUCAUGUUGACAGGGUCCAAAACCACCUUUAAAGUGAGACAGAUGGUACCGGACAUGAAGGAGAGGAUGAUGAGCCACAGUAGCCUUCACGCACGGGGGAGAGAUGUGCUCGGCCUCUGCUGUUUACCAGGAGAGUGUGUGUUGCAGCGGGCCAUCCUGGUGAGGAAGAAGCUGACGGCUAAGGAAGGAGGAGGCUGGCUGUCUGGGACUCUGUUCUGCACUCAUUUCAGAGUAGCCUUCGUGCCUCAGGACAGCCAGAAACCUGACGAUAAUGCAGAUCCAGUGCUGCUGGGAGAUCAUGACGUAGCUCUCGCCUCGAUUGACAAAGUUGUGGCAGUGGGACCGUCGCGCACCAAGCUCGUGACCCCUACCUGCACCCUGAAGUUCACCCCGGAGGAGCUGGUGUUGUACUGCCGAGACCUGCGUGUUCUCUGCUUCCUGUUCGACAGACUCACACCUGAUACUCAAGCUGUGGAGAUUACGUAUACCAUUGCUAAAACCUACCAGCCACUGAAACCUGGGACCAUCAUCUCUUUCCAAAAUGCUGCUUUGGGUAGUAUUGAAAUGAAGCAGUUUCUAAGCAACAGGCGGCGUGACCCUACCAUGAACUGGUUCGAGAGUUCGUUAGGUUGGGAGCAGGAGCUGGAGAGGACAGGUGCCACGGGCUGGAGGGUCAGCUCUGUCAAUGACCGCUUUGAGAUGUCCACCAGUCUGCCCAGAUUCAUUGUGGUUCCUCAGAGGGUCCUAGACACAGAGCUCAAGAAAACAUUUGCACACUUCAAUGAGGGACGCAUCCCACGAUGGUGCUGGCGACAUCCACGUGGCAGCGACUUACUACGAAUGGCCAGCUUCCAAAAUAACAUCUACCAUGAGAAGGAUGACAUCAGGAACCUGGAGUCGGUGCUGUUUGGCGGUCAGCAGCUGUGUGUGAUUGUGGAUCUGGGAGAGGAAAUGCCAUCACCCGCAGAUAUCCAGCUGGCUCACACGAGACUUCGGACUCUUUGUCUGGGCGAUAUAUCAUCAUCUGUAUCAGUACCUGAUGACAAGUGGCUCUCUACACUUGAAAGCACUCGCUGGCUCGACUAUACCAGGUGCUGUCUGAGAAAAGCCGCAGAGGUCGCUUGUUUGCUCAGAGGGGGUCACAUGACUGUUGUUCUCCAAGAGCCGGAGGAUCGAGACAUGAACUGUGUGGUGUGCAGUCUGGUGCAGGUGAUGUGUGACCCUCACUGCAGGACUGUGGCUGGAUUCCAGAGCCUGGUUCAGAAAGAAUGGAUCACGGCCGGACACAAAUUCCUCAGCCGGAUCAACUACCACCGUGAAAGUGAUAAAGAGGAGGCGCCCGUGUUCCUGCUGUUUCUGGACUGUAUGUGGCAGCUGUGGGCGCAGUAUCCCGCACGCUUCCAGCUCACUGAAGACUACCUGCUGGCUCUGCAUGACAGCGUGCAUCUUCCUCUCUUCAGCAGCCUGCUGGCCAACAGUCAGAGGGAGAGAUGUCGCCGGUCACAGCAUCUUCCCCAGAGCUACACCCCAGUAAACGGGCUGAGGGAACUGCCCAUGGGCGGCCCGGAGGAGUCGGUUGACCCACCGUUCCCCCCGGUGUGGGACUGGGCCCUGCAGUACAGCAGCCAGAGACGAGUCCGCUUCACCCAACCCGUGUCACAGCCCGCCUGUCCUCCACCCGUCCUCAACGGAAACCUCAACACCAACCUGGACCGCGGCUGGCAGAGUGACGGACUGCCUGGUUCUGUGUUCCUGCUGUCCCGUAGCACGUUCUCCCAUCCCUCCAACCUGCUCCCCUGGAGGAGCGGGAACUCCGGCUCUUACUGGAAGAGCCACCGCAGGGCUCCUUCCUCAGAGAGUGUGUCUGGACUGGAGCGUCUCAUCAGAGCCUGUUCUCUCUCUGAACCGUCGGAGAACAGCGCAACCCUCCACGACCCGUACGAGCCCCUGCUGCCCCUGCUCUUAGGGCCCUGUGUCAGAGUAUGGAGGAGCUGCUAUUUACGGGGCGCGCUACACCCUCAGGCUUUCUCACACCCCGUGUCUUCCUGCAGUCAGCAUCCUUUAGAGAAGCUCUCCUGGGAAGUGCUGCAGCUGCGAGAGAAACUGGCCCAGGCUUCUAACAGACGUCCCGAAAACCAGACCAAACGACAGGAGCCGCGCCGACUGGAGUCCAACCUCAACCAGAAUGCCAACAAUGGGACCUUCCUCUUCUCCUCUUCCUCUAGAACAUCUCAACAACAGGCGUCACCCAACAGAGGUGCGUCCCACUCCUCCGUCCCGCCCAGAGCCCAGCGGACAGCACCCGACCUGCCCGGGCCUCCACAGAGGAACAACAACAAGCACACGUUUCUAUUUGGCCACCAACAAGAGCCGCAUUCAGGGCAGCGUCACAUUCCCUCCCCUAGUGCCAAACUUCCCAAACGCCCAGGAAACACACACUGAUCCGCAGGAAGGGGGGAAACGCCAGCCUCUGGUGUUUGUGUUACUGAAGUGAUAUAAUACGGUACAAACAGAAACAUGAAAUUUACCCUACUGUUCAAAAGUUUGGGGGUCGGCAAGAUUUAGUAAUGUUUUUUAUCAAAAUUACAGUAAAACAGUCAUAUUGUGA